AUGAGGUGGCUCAACCAGAAGUACUGGCAGAAGGUGGGCGUUGGCGGGCCAGAUCCCAAUAUAUUUUUCGGCAAUCUAAACGAAUUGAGAACGAAAACGAAUUAUGAAGUUAUCCAAGGAUGGACGAAGAAGUAUGGCAAAACAUACGGGUAUUAUUGCGGAGAAAUACCCGUGUUGGUGACGUCAGACGUAAAACUGAUCAAAGAAGCCUUCGUUGAGAAGCACCAACAUUUCCAUGGACGUCAGCCAUUACCCUUGCCAAACUCAUCUGACGACUCCAUCCUAGCCUUCACUUCCGGUCGCACCUGGAAGAGGCAGCGGGCGGUCGUCAGCCCCUUUUUCAGCUCCCUGAUGCUUAAAGAGGUCACCCCUCGCAUCGAGAAGACAGUCAAUCAUCUACUACGGUUGCUCUCCACUCAGUCCAAUAAGGGUGGCUCUACCGAAAUGCUCAGUGUUUUUCAGGCAUUUUCUCUGGAGGCCAUCGCUCGCUGUGCGUUCAGCAUGGAGUCCGAAUCUCAGAAGAACAAAAAUGAUCUCUUCCUAUCAGUUGUUAGAAAUUUCUUCAAAAUAGGAAAUUUUGCGCGAAGAAGCUUUGUGCUAAUGGUAGCAGCUGCCUUUCCGUCUUGCCGCAGACUGUGGAAUAUUCCUAUUACUCUAGUCAAAUGCCUGCGGCUGUUCACGGAUCCCCAGGACGCUCUCAUGAAAGUCCUGCUUCCUGUCAUCAACGAAAGGAGGACUCACAAGAAGGGUAAGAAAGAUCUACUGCAGAUCCUCGUGGAAUCGGAAGUUUCCGACACAGAUCGGAUAACUCCGCAUAGCACUGAUAACGAAUCGUUGGAUACACUUAAAGUUCGAGUUGAACGGAAGCUUAAUAAAGAGGAAGUUGAAGCGCAGACAAUGCUUAUGCUGAUAUCUUCAUACGAAACUACGGCCAAUGCCCUUGCGUACAUCGUUUACGAAUUGGCGGCUAAUCUGGACGUGCAGAGCAAACUGAUGGAUGAAAUAGAAUGCACCAUGGAAAGAAAGAUUUCCAUGGCCUCGCUGAAUAAAUUGAAUUACAUGGAGCUGGUGAUCAAAGAAGCUUUGAGAAAAAAUCCGUUCGUCGUUGGGGUGAUCGCCCGUCGCUGCAUGAGUGAAUGUACCGUUGGGGGGAUCCCCAUUCCUAAGGACGCUCUAGUAGCGGUGGACUUGUGGUCGUUACACUUCGAUAAGGAUUAUUGGGGGCCCAUCGACACGAAUAUUCUAGCACCAGAAAGAUUUCUUGACAAAGAAAAAGAAGACGUUCAGAGACUGGCUUGGCUCCCUUUUGGCAUCGGCCCACGCAAAUGCAUCGGUUCUAAACUGGCCAUGCUUCAGAUCAAGAUGGUCUUGGUUCAACUGCUGCAAAACUUCGACAUCCGUCUGAGUUCCGAGACCAAAAGUCCACUGCCUUUGUACGAAGCCGGACUGGUAGAGCCACGGGACGGUGUUAAAGUGAAUUUGUCCAGAAAGAAGUUGGCUUGA